AUGUGGAAAGGCGAGAUCACGCGGCUGAUCACCCAGCUCUUUCCCCCCUGCUCCGCCGGGAUCAUGACGAACUUCACGCAAAAGUGUUGGGGGAGGAGUAAUGGGGAGCGGAUGUACGACGCGCUGCGGAUGCCGCGGUUUAAGGCGUAUUACGGAUGGAAGCCCUAUGAGGGGAAGGAGAAGAAGGCCUUUUUCGUCCGCCAGCUGCUCUGGGAGCUGCUCUCGGUGGAGACGCGGCCGGAAGUGAGCGAGUUCGCGAAGCACCUCGCCACCCUCGCGCUCCGUCGUAUGGCGUUUGAGAUGGUGUUUUUGCAAUCCAUGGAUUACAUGAAUCGCGUGCAGGUCGUGUACGAAAAACUCGGACGGCCGACGGUGCAAGAGCUCCAUUCGCUGAACUUGUUGUAA